AUGUCACGCCAUGUACAGCCAUUAAACCAAUCCCACUCGUGUAAUAAUUGUCGUUAGCUCUUAUAUUUCCUCUCCCUUUAAUACACACACGACCCGGCCUGUGUGAUUUCGCGUGGAUGGAGAAGCUGGCUCGGGGAUGGGCCCGUGUUUGGAUCUCCAUGCGGAUGUGACAUUUCAGAGAAAAGCGCGACCGCCAUUUUGAGAUUUACCUCAGACAUCACAAACCAAACGGGAGGAGCGGGUUGACGGAGCCGCACAGCUCAGGCUAGCGUUGUAUGACCGGGCACAUUCUUCACGAGAAGCGAGGGGAAUAGCUAGAAAUGCAACGAGCUGCAGCAGCGUUUCGUCGUCUGUCGUGUUAGGGCGGUUUGGAGGAUUUUGGUUUAUGUCGGGCCGCGCAAACUCUCGUCUCCGUGAACUUCUAAAUUAACGUUAACAUCAGUGCUAUUCCGUAUUGGGAAGCUGGUUUGAAUGGAUAGCUUUUUCCUCCGCUCUCCCCCAGACGAGGGACAAUCGGAGGAGCACACAGACUGGGGAUAUCGCAGGCAAAGUUGUUGAAUGUGUGUGUGUAUAGCAAAUGAGCCUUUGUUUUCAUUGUCGUACCUUUAAUACCAUUUGGCUGCCUAGUGUCAGGUAGCUUAGCGCUAGCUUGAAACAGGGUAUUUGUACCUGACGGUGCAGGUCGUGCUCAGAGUUCUCUUAUUGCCCCACAUUUCCCGGGGUAGACCCGGAUUGAUUUAGCUAAUUUCAGCGGGCCUCCGAUUUCGGAGUCCCCCCGCCCUCCCCUAAUUACAUCCAUCGCAACCCCUGCCGUCAACCAGCGACUCGCACCCACCAAAGGCGCCGAGAUUGGGCGAAUAGCGAGCAAAUACGUCCGCGUUUCUCUACCCGCUCCCCCGCCGACCUCCCCUCCUCACUCCCCGGCGCUGACAGCGGACAAGGCCGAGUUUGCAACAGAGCAGGCCCGGCCGCCAAGGCUCGACCUGUCCCCACCUCCGCAUCCCACUACACCUCACCAGCAGUCCAGAACCCGGUUCCCCACCGAGUCGACCCUGGACAAGGUCGAGGGCAACAGAGAAAACAGGGAACACCGCAUCACACCUACAACAACAACACCGCCACCUGCCAACAUGAACCACCAUCACCACACGCAGCAGCAGCAGCAACAGAAAGCCGGCGAGCAGCAGCUCAGUGAACCGGAGGACAUGGAGAUGGAAGCUGGGGAUACAGAUGAUCCUCCAAGAAUCCCCGCCAACCCAGUGAUCAAUGGUAACGUGGCCAUGGCAGACGGACACAACAAUACAGAGGAGGACAUGGAGGAUGACACUAGCUGGCGGUCGGAGGCGACCUUCCGGUUCGUGGUGGAGCGCUUCAGCCGCCUGAGCGAGUCAGUGCUCAGCCCGUCCUGCUUUGUCCGGAACCUUCCCUGGAAGAUAAUGGUGAUGCCGCGCUUCUAUCCUGACCGACCACACCAGAAGAGCGUGGGCUUCUUCCUGCAGUGUAAUGCAGAGUCAGAUUCCACGUCAUGGUCUUGCCACGCACAGGCCAUGCUAAAGAUCAUUAACCACAAAGACGACGAGAAGUCAUUCAGCCGCAGGAUCAGUCACCUGUUCUUCCACAAAGAGAACGAUUGGGGUUUCUCCAACUUUAUGUCCUGGAGUGAUGUGACCGAUCCAGAGAGGGGCUUCAUCGACGACGACAAAGUUACAUUCGAAGUCUACGUCCAGGCGGAUGCCCCACACGGAGUGGCCUGGGAUUCAAAGAAACACACAGGCUAUGUUGGACUUAAGAACCAAGGAGCGACCUGCUACAUGAACAGCCUGCUACAGACACUCUUCUUCACCAACCAGCUACGACGGGCGGUCUACAUGAUGCCCACAGAAGGAGAUGACUCCUCUAAGAGUGUCCCCCUGGCACUGCAGAGGGUUUUCUACGAGCUGCAACACAGCGACAAACCGGUUGGCACCAAGAAGCUCACGAAGUCCUUUGGGUGGGAAACACUAGAUAGCUUCAUGCAACAUGAUGUGCAGGAGCUGUGCAGAGUGCUCCUGGACAACGUAGAGAACAAAAUGAAAGGCACUUGUGUUGAGGGAACAAUCCCAAAGCUCUUCAGAGGAAAGAUGGUGUCAUAUAUCCAGUGUAAGCAUGUGGACUACAGGUCUGAGCGGAUAGAGGACUACUAUGACAUCCAGCUUAGCAUAAAAGGAAAGAAGAACAUCUUUGAGUCAUUCAAAGAUUAUGUGGCAACCGAGCAGUUAGAUGGAGACAACAAAUAUGACGCAGGAGAACACGGGCUGCAGGAAGCAGAAAAGGGAGUGAAGUUCCUCACCUUCCCUCCGAUCCUCCAUCUGCAGCUGAUGAGGUUCAUGUACGACCCACAGACCGACCAAAACAUCAAGAUCAAUGACAGAUUUGAGUUUCCAGACCAGUUACCUCUGGACGAGUUCCUCCAGAAGCCAGACUCAAAGGACCCAGCCAACUACAUCCUCCACGCUGUGCUAGUCCACAGCGGGGACAACCAUGGCGGUCACUACGUCGUCUAUCUUAACCCCAAAGGAGACGGCAAAGUGAGUGUCAAGGAUCCAAUAUGGUGCAAGUUUGAUGAUGACGUAGUGUCACGAUGCACCAAGGAGGAGGCCAUAGAACACAACUACGGCGGACACGACGAUGACCUCUCCGUCCGCCACUGCACCAACGCGUACAUGUUGGUCUACAUCCGUGAGUCCAAGCUCAGCGAGGUGCUCCAGCCGAUGACCGACGUGGACAUCCCCCAGCAACUGGUGGAGCGUCUGCAGGAGGAGAAGAGGGUGGAGGCACAGAAGAGGAAGGAACGCCAAGAGGCUCACCUCUACAUGCAGGUCCAGAUGGUGACCGAGGACCAGUUUUGCGGUCAUCAGGGCAACGACAUGUACGACGAGGAGAAAGUGAAGUACACGGUCUUCAAGGUCCUGAAGAGCUCCACGCUGCAAGAGUUUGUCCAGAACCUCUCCCAGACCAUGGGUUUUCCACAGGACCAGAUGAGGCUCUGGCCCAUGCAGGCCCGUAGCAACGGAACCAAGCGACCUGCCAUGCUCGACUACGAGGCCGAUUGCAACAAGUCGAUGAUCGACUUGAGUGACAAUGAGAACCCCUGGACAAUAUUUUUGGAGACUGUAGAUCCAGAGAUGGCAGCCAGUGGGGCCACGUUACCCAAGUUUGAUAAAGACCAUGAUGUCAUGUUGUUCUUGAAGAUGUAUGACCCCAAAACCAGAAGCUUAAAUUAUUGUGGACAUAUCUACACACCUAUAUCCUGCAAAAUAAGAGACCUGCUGCCAGUCAUGUGUGAGAGAGCAGGAUUUCAGCAGGAAACUAGCCUUAUCCUCUAUGAGGAAGUAAAGCCCAAUCUAACAGAGCGGAUACAGGACUAUGAUGUCUCUCUGGACAAGGCCCUGGACGAGCUCAUGGACGGGGACAUCAUUGUCUUCCAGAAGGACGACCCAGAGAACGACAGCAGCGAGCUGCCUACGGCCAAGGACUACUUCCGGGAUCUCUACCACCGGGUGGACGUCAUUUUCUGCGACAAGACCAUCCACAACGACCCCGGCUUUGUGGUCACACUGUCGAACCGCAUGAACUAUUUUCAGGUGGCUAAGACUGUAGCGCAGAGGUUGAACACAGAUCCCAUGCUACUGCAGUUCUUCAAGUCACAGGGGUACAGGGACGGUCCAGGGAAUCCUCUCAGACACAACUAUGAGGGAACGCUGCGGGACCUGCUGCAAUUCUUCAAGCCUCGGCAGCCCAAGAAACUCUACUACCAGCAGUUAAAGAUGAAGAUAACAGACUUUGAGAACAGGAGGAGUUUUAAAUCCAUAUGGCUCAACAGCCAGUUCAGAGAGGAGGAGAUUACUCUUUACCCUGACAAGCACGGCUGUGUGCGGGACCUUUUGGAAGAAUGUAAAAAGGCUGUGGAGCUGUCUGAAAAUGGCUCUGAGAAGCUCAGGCUGUUAGAGAUAGUAAGCUAUAAAAUCAUCGGAGUUCACCAGGAGGACGAGCUGCUAGAAUGUUUAUCUCCUGCUGCCAGCCGCACCUUCAGAAUAGAGGAGAUUCCUUUGGACCAGGUGGACUUGGAUAAGGACACUGAAAUGCUAAUCCCUGUUGCUCACUUCCAUAAGGAGGUCUUUGGCACCUUUGGGAUUCCCUUCUUGCUCAAGAUCAGACAGGGUGAGUCGUUUCGGGAGGUGAUGAGGAGGAUCCAGACCAUGCUGGACAUCCAGGAGAAAGAGUUUGAGAAGUUCAAGUUUGCAAUUGUGAUGAUGGGUCGGCAUCAGUACAUCAAUGAGGACGAGUACGAGGUCAACCUGAAGGACUUUGAACCACAGCCAGGUAACAUGUCCCACCCGCGCCCCUGGCUAGGGUUAGAUCAUUUCAACAAAGCUCCAAAGAGAGGUCGCUACACCUACCUGGAGAAAGCAAUCAAGAUCCACAACUAAAGCAGCCCCCACCCCCACCUUCUCCCCUGGUCCUCCUCAUCCUCUCCUGCUCCGCCUUCAUCCCUACCUACUUUAACAAACCAUAACCACAGACUGUAACCAACAACCGUGUGUGUGUGUGUGUGAUUGUGCGUGAGAAAGACUGAGAGAGAGUGUGUGUGUUCAUCACUUCACCCCGCCUGGACACCUCUACAGCUCUACAUCGGCACUAUGUCUUCAGUGAUUGGGAUCUUGCUGCAGCUGAUGGAUUAUUCAACCACAAAAUAAACCGCACCAACCACUGACUGUUUA